GCGCGCGCGCGCGCACACACACACACACAAACACACACUCACCCUAGAAGAUUAAGGGCAAAUAAAGAAGCGGCCGAACGCAGUCACAUUGUGGGGUCCAAACAAAAGAAGAGGAAAAUCCUGGUUGCAACGUAACGUUGACGAAACACGGUGAAACGCUGCCCAUCUGUCGUCUAGCAGCAUCAACUCAAGUCGCCUCAGGUUCUGCUCACGUGCGGGCGGGCAGGCGGGCAAGCAGCUCGACUCCACCACCGAAGCACUUGGCACCCGCAUCUCAGCCACCAGUGACCAUCUGGGAAUAAACACCAUGCGCGCCCUACUUUUAUUCGCUGCUGCUUUUGUCGGUUUUUGCGAAAUGACAUCUACAGAGAAUUCAACUGCAACAGCAAUAAAAUCGUCUGUUACUGCAAACAAUACAAAAACAUCUACAGUUUUAUCUUCCACUGCUUCUGUAGCUACAAACGUUUCUGCUACUGAAAAAAAAGCUGCAACUACUGAAAGCACAGAAACCACAGUCAGAUCAACUUCUUUGGGGCCAUCAAGUACAACACCUCAGUCUUCAAGUAGUACAAAGACUUCAGGGACUUCUGUUUCAACUUAUUCUAAAGUAACUAGUACAUCAUACACAUCUUUAAAGACCACGUCUAUGGUUUCCACGUCUUUGUUAACGUCAACGUCAACCUCAACAUCAACGUCAACCUCAACGUCAACGUCAACAUCAACAUCAGAAGUAACAGAAAACUCAACCAAAAACUCUUCUACCCCUGAAUAUGCAACAAAUUCUACAAGGCAGUACACAACUGCAAGCACUGUAAUGAACACCACCCCUACUACUAGUAAUACUAUGACUACAAGCAAUACAAACAUAUCUUCAGAAAAUAAAUAUAAGAAUGACAGUGGAAUAGAGUGUUUAAAAGAAGAAAUGUUGACGGAAAAUCAGUCUGGUAUUACUCUGAAAUCAACAGGCUCAUCAAAUUGUGAAGCUUUCAGGCUUUCAGAGACUGCACAAAAUCUGACCCGGGAUCUUUGCAGUAAGCUGAAUGGUGAUAAUUCGUGUCCCUGUACUCUGAGGCUCAAAGAGAAAACUGAUCAACCUAAUGAACUGAUUGUCUUGGGAGUUGUUACUUGCAUUCGCAUUGAAGAUCUGAAAGAAGGGUUUCAACAGAUAGACAGUUCUAUAACAGGAAUAAACAUCACUGUGGCUCAGUUGAAACACGAUGAUGGUAACAAACCUGUGAAUCAAACAUUGAUAGCCAUUCUCACUUCAGUUGGUGUGCUUCUGCUUUUACUGUUGGGCAUCAUUUCGUGUACAUGUUACCAAAGAAGGAAUUAUGGAAAAAAACGGCACCAUCUUACAGAGGAAAUGCAGACAGUUGAAAAUGGUUACCAUGAUAAUCCGACAUUGGAGGUGAUGGAAGUUCAGCCAGAGAUGCAGGAGAAAAAGGCCAACUUGAACUGUGAAUUCAAUGACAGCUGGAUAGUGCCAAUUGAUAACUUCACUAAGGAGGACCUGGAAGAAGAAGACACCCAUCUGUAGAGCAGAAUGACCCAGAGACUAAAACUAAAUAAGCAGGAGAAAAAACGUGGAAGUCUUACAGUGAACUUGUGUAAGCCAAGUGCUUGUGCUCACUAGAAUUUAGGAUUAUUACAAUUAUGGCAUCUUUUUUUAUCUUUUUCCUUUUACAAGAAUUGUUAUAAUUAAAAAGGAUCCAGUUCCCAUAGUAUUUGAUGAUAGUUUAUGGAAUGUGCGGCUCAGGAUAUAACUUGCUACAAUUAUCAUUAACAUCUUGUGACAUAUAAAGAGAAGGGUCCAAGAUACCUAUAUCACUUUUAAAUGUAGAUAGUGCAUUACAGCUAGACUGGCGGAGUCUGAACCACGUGACCAAAACCAAACAUACUGACCGCACACAUGAUCAGUUACAGGACUCUCAUUCCAGUGCCUGAACAUGACGACUUACAACUGGUGCAUGCAGACCUGCCCAGUUAUGUAUGCCAUUACGUGCUAAAUCAGCGGCCUUUAAAGUAUGCCUAAGCACUGGAUUGUGAUACGCCACAAACCGUUCCGAGAUGUACAUUUGGCAAAGA